AUGGUGGACCUCGCAAGGCUGGCCGAGCUGAAGAGGCUGCUCAACGACGGGACGCUGACUCGGGAGGAGUUUGAGGCGCUCAAGCAGAAGGAGUUGCAGGCGGACGGCACCGACCGCGGCUCCGACCGCGGGUCAGACUGUGCCUCGGAACGCUCCGCCUCGCCCGCGCCAGUCAUCGGCGCGCCUGUGUACGGGGCAGCCACUGGCAGCGCAGUGCCGGGCGCGCCUGGAGCCUCGAGCACGCCCGCCCUCGCCGAGAUGGGCGAGAUCUUCAGGAAGGAACUCGGCGUCGCGGGCACCAACCUGGUUGAGAUUGUUGAGGCGAGCUGCGUCGCGCUCGGAGUGUCAGUCAAGGGGAAGAGCCUCGCACAGCAGGCAAACGAGUGCUGGCGCAUCCUGCAGUCCCCUGCUGGAGCACACCUCCCAGCGGGCCGGGCGUCGGCGGGCGCCUGCAGUGGUUCAAAGCACGUGGGAGGGAUGAAGACCACCGAUCCGUUUGCGGUGCCGACGGCUCACGACGACCCGCACGAACGCAUUGCCGAGAGGCUUUCGCGUGCACGGGCGAGUGCUGCGUCGUUUGCUUCGAGGCGAUCAUCGACUCGUGUGGCUCCGGCCAUCACGGAAUCGGCAUCCUCUGCUUCGUCUGGCCUUGCGGUGGAUACUGAAGCAGGGCAAGUGCCGCCUCGGGACCGGGCAGAAUCGGAGGGCGAGCGGCUGUCCAGCUCACGGACAUCGACUGCGAGGUCCACUGCCGAAGAGCAGUCCAGCUCGCAGUCGUCUGCUGCCGAGCAAUCGAAGAAAACGACUCGGGAGGCGGGCGAGCCGCCGAAGCAGAAGCUCUCGCAGUCGUGGUGCCCUCUGACGAAUCGCAAAGCCACCGCCAAGCGCUUUGGAAUCGCACUCUUGAUCUCCUUGAUCUUGCUUGCCCUCGCGGGCGCGCUUGCGUUUGCGAUCUACGUUGGGACGUGCCGCAGGGCGCAAUCAGUGUUUACAAGCCGAGAAGAUCUCAGGCGAGCAAUCGAGCUCUACGACUUCGAUGAGGGCUUUUGCGAUUCGCUCCAUGGUGGCAGAAUACCGAUGAACGCGUGGGACGUGUCGGCCGUGACCGACAUGCACGACCUGUUCACUAACCACGAGGAAGCCUCCGAGUUCAACCAGGACAUGGUCAUCAGCGCGUGGAAUGUCUCGGCGGUCACCGACAUGCGCUACAUGUUCUACCUGGCCGACUCCUUCAAUCAGGACAUCAGCGCGUGGAACGUGUCGGCAGUCAGAGAUAUGAGCUACAUGUUCUCCUGGGCCACCUCCUUCAACCAGGACAUCAGCGCGUGGAACGUGACUGCAGUCACCGCCAUGAGCUGGAUGUUUUUCUACGCCCGCUCCUUCAACCAGGACAUCAGCGCUUGGAACGUGUCUGCGGUCACCGACAUGCGCAGCAUGUUCGCUGGCGCCGACUCCUUCGACCAGGUCCUCUGCUCGGAUGCGUGGCGCGCCUCGAAGGGCAAGGCGUCACAGAGCUACAUGACAUGUACAUGUUCUCUGGCACGAACGGACGCUGUCUGUCUGCAGGACGUCUGUGUGACCGCAAGCGUGAUGGCCGCCGUCCCACUUUUGCUUAUCGAAGGCGUCUUGCAGCGAGCACGAAGUGUGAACGCGUAA